CUUUUUUUCCCAUGUGAACACUCCCCUCCUCCUCCUUGGACAAAACAUAAAAACAUACAUUGCUACUUCUUUCUUCACAGUUCAGACAAUUGACAGAGAAAAAAAAGGACACUUUCCCACUUCACACCUACCCAUUGCGCACACACUGAACACUUCCCCCUACCCGUAAACAAAUGUCAGCAGACCACAUGGCCAGGAGAGAAGGCCACCGUGCAUACCAGCGUCCCGCCAAACGGAGCGGUGCCAUGGAGGAGCUUGGCGAGGUCAAACGGCGGAAGCUGGACAUGGAUAUCCGUACCACUCCAGAGACUGAGGAAGUGAAGGAGAAGUCGCUGGCAGCCGCACCAUUAUCACCUCCCGAAGCUCCAUUACUGCAGGGCCUGGGCGACCCACCGGCACAACCCCCACGACCACCGACACAAUCCCCACGACCACCGCCGACACAAUCCCAACCACCACCACCACCACCGUCACCGCCAACACCAGCACCGCAGCCGGCAGAGGAUAAGCCGAUGGCAGCAGAUACCCCUCCAGUCCCGUCCCCGACUCCAACCUCAGCCCAAGUCAGGUGGCGAGCGGAGCUACAGGCCUACGCGCAAACGCAAGCGCAAGCCUACCUACUCGCCGAAAAGCACUUUGAAAAAGCCAACGCGCAACGCCGGCUCCUCUUUGCCCAGCUCGACCCGGAUAAGGUCCUCAAACCGCUACCUAUACCCGCAGGCGCCCAGGAAGGGGGGGAACUGCACGACGAGGAAGGAAGGGAUACCAACGGGAGGACGACGUCGGCAACAACAACAACCACCACCACAUCAUCAUCCCCUGCGAAAAGCCCUGCGAAGAAAGCUCAUGAUACCCCGCGACCCGCCCCCCCACCGCCCGUGAUACAGAGCCUGACGUACAGCGUCCAUGCAUCCGUCGCUGGGGAUCCGGACGGGAAACCCUAUCGGUGUGAUGUGCCGACGUGUGAUCGCAGGUUCAAGAAGCUGAACGGGUUAAUCGCGCAUCAUCAGGCCGCGCAUACGAUUGGGGAUGUGGAUGCGGUGAAGCCGUUCAAAUGCAAUGUUGAUGGGUGUACCAAUGCGUAUAAGAACUCAAAUGGCCUUGCAUAUCACCUGGAAAACUGGCACGGCACAGGAGCAACUGCACCCAGCAAACCGACAAGCAAAGCACCCUCCACACAUCCAAGCCUACAACUCGACAACGCAGAAGCAGCAGAACCCCCACCUGACCCAACAGCACAGCAGGACCUCUCCUUCGCAGAUACCCCCGAACAGCCCGCCAAACAGACAUCAAAGGCCAAAAAAGCGGAACAGAAGCUCAAAGCAGCUGCCGAGCGGGAGGAAUCGCGGGAUAGACUGUGGAUGUGUCCGUACAAGGGGUGUGAGAAGAUUUACAAGAAUCUGAAGGGGCUGGCCUACCAUCUCCAAAAAGGAAAAGCAACCGGCCACAUGGUCCUCACCGAAACCGAGGGCGGACUAAACAUCUACGUCUGCGCAAUACCAAACUGCACAAAAACCUACCGCACCCCACAAUCCCUUAUCGAGCACGUGGAAACCGCCCACGCAGACAUGGACCCUGUCGUCAUCCCCCCCGCCCCGGUUGGGGAGCAGAUGGAGCCGACGGCGGUGGAGAAAGGCAGGAUCGUGGAGUGUCCGAGUUGUAUGCGGCCUUUCAAGAGUUUGAAGACGUUGAACGAACAUACGGCGCUGAUACAUCACCACCGUGUACCGGACCUGCCCGUCGACACGGCCCUUUCGACUACCUACAUUUCACAAGCACACCGAACACCGGGACUAUCGCAUCCACCACCCUCCCCAACCCCCACUGUGACCCCACACGCCACGAACCCGAACCCGACCACGAGGCCAACCAACGACAGUAGGAAUCCCAAGAUGGAACCCGACAUCAACCCCAUCUCCCCCUCCGUCUUCUCCCUCACCCCCGCACACCCGGACUUGGACUCGACGUUUCGCCGCGGAGGCGCGGUGGGGGUUUGGGGUGGCGUUGUUUCGUGAAAUCGAUGCAUGAUGGUUACAUAGACAGACACAUACCACUCUUUUUCUGAUACGCACCUGUAACGCGAUAUACAUGGUUCUGGCGCUGGUAGUUCUACGCGAUAUACAUGGGCUGGCACUGAAGGAUGUUCACCCUCGGUGCAUGCGGUCAGGCAUCGGUGGGUGGGAAGCGGGAAUGACAAAGACGCGUCAAGAACCAGGGUGGUGUAGAACAUUUCAAAAUGCUUGCGGAUGUCCGAG